AUGUUUGAAGAUGUGCAUCCAUGGAUGAUUCCAUUGACAUUUUUCUAUUUGAUUAUUAUUCCAAUCGGAGUUUUCAGCAAUGCCGUGAUGAUCAUUUGCUUUUUCGUGAAUCCUCGCCUCCGUUCCCCAUUUCAUAUUCUCCUCACGUUGACCUGUCUGGCUGAUGGAAUUCACGUCUGCGGUCAAAUAGUAUUCGUCAUUCAACUGCUCACGAAUUCCUUCUCCUACCAAUCAACAUGCUAUCUUUUGAACUUUUUCCCAGUAAUUGGCUUGACAAUUGCAGCUCCACUUCUAAUGGAAAUUGGUCUGGAUCGACUAUUAGCGGUCUCGUUUCCAAUUAAAUAUCGCGAGCUGCAAUUCCAAAAAGUUCUCUACACCUCAAUCCACCUCAUCUUCCCCAUUCUCUACACUUCAGCCAUCCUCUACCUCGGUUUCAUCGAACGGAAUAAUGAGUGGGUUCCCCUCGAAUUGAUUUAUGCCCUUUUCCAAAUUGUGCAUUUCCGUAAUUACAGACAAGUGAAGUGUGCGAUACCAACUGCUUUGGCAGGCGUUUCCUUCAAAGUGUUCACUCUUUCAAGCCAUGCAAUUUACGUGUCAAUUAUAUUGGCGUACGCGAUGACAGCUGUACUUCUGAAGUUUCACGACACGAGUUCUCGUUUCAAAGCAGUCUUCAAAUCUAUAGGAGUCACUGUUGGAAUCGUUCUGUUUGGAUGGGCUAUCACUACAGUAUCCAACACGUUUGGCUACUUCGUUACUGAUGACCAAGAAAUUUUCAAUUUAAUCCAAAUGUAUUCUGGAAUUACAGUCAACAUUGCAAUAUCAUCGAACCUAUUUAUUUUCUAUACAAUCAACCCCGAAUACCAACUGACUGUAAAGAUGCUGAUGGAUGGUUCAUGUGUGAAGCUUCCAGCGUUUGCAGAUUCUGGAAGUGAACUUCAGAAUUUGAGAAAGGCAACGAAGUCGCAGGAGUCGUAA